CGCCGCCGGCCAGGAUGCUGGAAGAAGCGGGCGAGGUGCUGGAGAACAUGCUGAAGGCGUCGUGCCUGCCGCUCGGCUUCAUCGUCUUCCUGCCCGCCGUGCUGCUGCUCGUGGCGCCGCCGCUGCCGGCCGCCGACGCGGCGCACGAGUUCACCGUGUACCGCAUGCAGCAGUACGACCUGCAGGGGCAGCCCUACGGCACUCGGAAUGCAGUGCUCAACACAGAGGCCCGCACCAUCGACGCGGACGUGCUGAGUCGCCGCUGCGUGCUCAUGCGGCUGCUGGACUUCUCCUACGAGCAGUACCAGAAGGCCCUGAGGCAGUCGGCCGGCGCCGUGGUCAUCAUCCUGCCGCGCGCCAUGGCCGCCGUGCCCCAGGACGUCAUCCGGCAAUUCAUGGAGACCGAGCCUGAGAUGCUGGCCAUGGAGACCGUGGUCCCUGUGUACUUUGCCGUGGAGGACGAGGCCCUGCUGUCUAUCUACGAGCAGACGCAGGCCGCGUCCGCUGCCCAGGGCUCUGCCUCCGCUGCCGAAGUGCUGCUCCACACCGCCACUGCCAACGGCUUCCAGAUGGUCACCAGCGGGGUCCAGAGCAAGGCCGUGAGUGACUGGCUCAUCACCAGUGUGGAGGGGCGGCUGACCGGGCUGGGUGGAGAAGACCUUCCCACCAUCGUCAUCGUGGCCCAUUACGAUGCCUUCGGAGUGGCCCCUUGGCUGUCACACGGUGCGGACUCGAACGGGAGCGGCAUCUCUGUGCUGCUGGAGCUCGCCCGCCUCUUCUCCAGGCUCUACACCUACAAGCGCACCCACGCCGCGUACAACCUCCUGUUCUUUGCUUCUGGAGGGGGCAAGUUCAACUACCAGGGAACCAAGCGCUGGCUGGAAGACAACCUGGACCACACGGACUCCAGCCUGCUCCAGGACAACGUGGCCUUCGUCCUGUGCCUGGACACCGUGGGCCGCGGGGACAGCCUGCACCUGCACGUGUCCAAGCCGCCCAGGGAGGGGACGCUGCAGCACGCCUUCCUGCGGGAGCUGGAGACGGUGGCCGCCCACCAGUUCCCGGAGGUGCGGUUCUCGAUGGUGCACAAGAAAAUCAACCUGGCGGAGGACAUCCUGGCCUGGGAGCACGAGCGCUUUGCCAUCCGCCGGCUGCCUGCCUUCACCCUGUCCCAUCUGGAGAGCCACCGCGACGGCCAGCGCAGCAGCAUCAUGGAUGUGAGGUCCCGGGUCGACUCUAAAACCCUGACCCGCAACACCAGGCUCAUCGCGGAGGCCCUGACCCGAGUCAUCUACAACCUGACCGAGAAGGGCACCCCCCCAGACAUGCCGGUCUUCACGGAGCAGAUGCAGAUCCAGCAGGAACAGCUGGACUCCGUGAUGGACUGGCUCACCAACCAGCCCCGCGCGGCCCAGCUGGUGGACAAGGACGGCACGUUUCUCAGCACCCUGGAGCACUACCUGAGCCGUUACCUGAAGGAGGUGAAGCAGCACCACAUCAAGGCGGACAAACGGGACCCCGAGUUUGUCUUCUAUGACCAGCUGAAGCAGGUGAUGAAUGCCUACAGGGUCAAGCCAGCCAUCUUCGACCUGCUGUUGGCCGUCUGCAUCGGCGCCUACCUCGGGAUGGCCUACACGGCGGUCCAGCACUUCGACCUCCUGUACAGAACCGUUCAGAGACUGCUCGUGAAGGCCAAGACGCAGUGACGCCCCCGCCUGCCACCCCUCCCCACGCCACAGCCGGCCGGCACCCCGAAUUACAGAGCUUUUCCGUGUUGCUCUUGAGGACUUGGGGGGUUCUUUCUCUUUUCUGUCCUGUGAACUCUAUGGCAGGAGCAUUUGGUAGAGGCCCCGGGGCCGGGCCCUGGACUUGGGGACAAGUCUGCGGACGAGCCCCCCACCCCGGAGGCGAUCCCCCAGCCCUCAGGGUUCACGGGCUGCAGGAUGACCAGAAAGGUGCCCGGCACGUCCCUCCUUUUGCCCGCGACGCUGACCGGCGACUGCAGGCUGAGGGGCAGGGGGCCGCCCCUCUCUGGCCCUGUCUGGCCUCACGCCGCCCCGUCCACCUGGUGAUGUGGGUGCUCAGCCUCUUGUCUGCCGGGCAGCACCAGCCCAUCCCUCAGAGACUGGGUCCCCCCGCCCUGGCCUCUCGCCUCGGGUGCGGCCUUGGAACACGUGUCCCCUGAGCCCCUGGCUUGUCACAGCCUCUGCCCUCCCGCCGUGCCCGGGGCACUUGAGCCUGUCCCUUGGGGACCCGGCUGCCCCGACGCCCCUGGGGCGGGAGACAGGCGUGGAGAGAGGAGGCACCCUAGCCCUCUGCCCCUUCCCUUGGGCUCUCUGGGCCUCGGUCUCCUCACCUGUGGAGUGGAGGCUGUGUUCUGGGGGCAGCCGGUGCCCCCGUGUCUGAGGACGGCAUCCAGGCUGGGGAUCGAGGAGAGCGUUUGCUGGAGAAGACG